AUGAGGGAUUUCCCAAAUAGCAAAAUAAUAUCUCUACCCCAGAGAAACAGAAGAAGAAUUAAUAGAAGUUAUGUUCAUGAAGAAAACGAAUCAGAAUAUACAAAUGAAAUAGAAGAAAAUGAAGCAACUAAUGAUGAAAUUAUCGAUCAAAAUAUUAUGAAUGAUAUCGAAAUAUGCAACAUAAAUUUAAAUAAAAAUUAUAAAUAUGAAUAUCUUGAUCAUACUGCUGAUAUAAUUUUACAUAGUUAUGGAAAUAACCUUAAGGAAGCAUUUGAAGCUGUAUGCAUUUCAUUAUUCAAUUACAUGUGUGAUUUAAAAAAUGUCGAAUUAAAAAUGAAAAGAAAGGUAUCCAUAAAAGGAGAUGAUUUAGAUGAUUUACUUUUUAAGUUUUUAGUUGAAUUCCAUUUUUUAUAUGGUAAUGAAUAUUUUAUUUGUAAAACUAUUGAUAUAAUUGUUUUUGACAUAGAGCAAUUUUAUAUUGAAGCUUAUGGAUAUGGUGAAUUAUUUUCUACAGAUAAGCAUGAAUGCGGAACCGAAAUAAAAGCUAUAACAAAACAUGAAUUAAAAAUAGUGUCAAAUAAUGAUUCUUGUGAUGUUUUUGUAUUGGUUGAUAUAUAG